UCCUGCUUGCCCUGUGGCGUGGCACUUAAUUGUAGCGGUAGCGUAGUACCUAAGUCCCCUCUAAACUGGAUUGAUUACCUACCUAGGUACCUCCUACAUAGGUAGUACAUAGUAGUGGGGCCAACCCUCUAAACGAAUUUUGGACCCGGACAAAGUUGCGCGCACUGAAUUUCAACACAGAAGAAAACAACUCCUCCAAUCCACCAGCCAACCUUUCUCUUCUCGACAACUUCCAACCAGAAAGUCUGUACGUGUGAACCUCUCCCGCAUUUCCCACCUCCCACCUUCGGCCUCUCGCCUUUUGCUUUUUGCUUCUUACUUUCUGGGCUCUUGACUAUCGCAGUUCUAACAUUGCAGGACAAUACAGAACACCGUCACCAUGGUCAAGAAGAGAAAGAACAACGGCCGCAACAAGAAGGGCCGCGGCCACGUCAAGCCCAUCCGAUGCAGCAACUGCUCGCGAUGCACCCCCAAGGACAAGGCCAUCAAGCGCUUCACCAUCCGCAACAUGGUCGAGUCUGCAGCCAUUCGUGAUAUCUCGGACGCCUCCGUCUUCGCCGAGUACACGGUUCCCAAGAUGUACCUCAAGCUGCAGUACUGUGUCUCUUGCGCUAUCCACGGCAAGAUUGUCCGUGUCCGAUCUCGUGAGGGUCGCCGUAACAGAGCUCCUCCCCCGCGUGUGCGCUACAACAAGGACGGCAAGAAGGUGACUCCCACCCAGACUGCCAAGGUUGCCUAAAUGCUUUUCGGUGUCUUGGGGAGUGUUAAGGGUCUGGGACGAUGAAUCGGUCAUCGGAAAUGGUUUCACUUGCAUGAAGAAGAAAAAACGGUUUUCGGUAUGAUUACUAUCUCAGAUAAUGACUUACGAAUAGAAGUCAUAUUGCCAUGAAGUAAAAUAAUUGCUUUUGUUAAUCGUGCGUAACUGCGGGUUUUGCCUUGAGUGGACUUGAUCAGAAAGUAUAUUUUCGUAUUCAGUCUAAGUAAAACAGCUUAACUAUACGACUAAUAAAUAACUUGACAAACCUGGCG